AUGUUUAGAACAUCAUUAAGAGCAUUUCAAGGUAUCAGAUUCUCUUCAUACACUUCUAUUCCUAAGUUGAGUACAAGGGAAGCAUUUCAAGAGGCUUUCAAGAAGUCUGGAUUGUCAGUAUUCGAUUUCUAUGCCACUUGGUGUGGUCCUUGUAAGGCCAUGGCCCCAAUCUUGGGUAAAUUGAAAGAAGAGUAUCCAAAGGCUGCUUUCUACAAGGUUGACGUUGAUGAAAAUUUAGAACUUUCAAAGGAAUUAGACGUCAUGGCAAUGCCAACUUUCUUAUUGACUAAGGAUGGUAGCGUAUUGGAGAAAGUCGUGGGAGCUAAUCCAGCUCGUCUAGAGAAAUUGAUCAAAGACAAUUCUUAA